AUGCCAAACCAGGGUGAGAAUCGGUCGCGGGGUUCGCAAUCGGGUCAGGAUGUGUCUCAAUCGGGAAAUGCGAGCAACACUUCUGACGAUACGUACAUGCCAUCUAAGGAGGAAGGGUCUUGGUAUGAGUUCCUGCACGGAUACAUGCCAGAGUCAGCCAAUGACUCGGAUAGUACGAACUAUUGGCACUACGGACCUUGGGAAGUGCCAAUACAACCGUACUACUCAUCUUCAGAAAGCACCGAAGCGCCAAGUGAUCAUGAGCAUCACAACGCAACACCACGACAAUCACCAAAUGGAGUCUCUAACGGUCAUCCACAACCAAAUCCAACUGCCGAACAACAAACUAUUGGAGCAGACAAUUCUCAAGGAAGCCGAUCAGCAGGGCAACCUAACCCAAAUGGACAACAACCACUGGAUCCAACCCUCACCAUGGUUCACAACCUAUUGUCUCAAGUCUUACAUCAGGGAGCAAGCAAUGGAACGCCUCCUCCCCCAGACUUUCUUAAGUGUGUGACAAUGAUGAAGACUUUGGGAACCUAUCGGUUUGAAGGAAGCUAUGAUCCGGACGAAGCCGACACAUGGAUGUCCUAUGGAUGCAACAUGAUGUCCAACCGAGUUCAAGAAGGAUGUAGCAGUCUACUACUUGGAGAAGGAAGCACUAGGAUGGUGGAACAGCGUAGAUAG